GUUCAAAUAUAGUUGAUAAAAUUGAUAAUGAGGAAAAUGAUGAGCAACCAAAAAAUGAAAACAGUGAUUUUUUCAGCCAUUCCAGUACUAUUGAUUUCUUACAAGAAGAUUUUGAUAAUAAAGUCAAAGAACUUUCAGAGCUCUGA